AUGGAAGCUGGCGCCUCCGACGAUCCUCCGCCCAUGCUCCGCGCACCGCGCGUCGAGAUCGACGCGCUGCCCUACAUCGACGGGCAGUACAACGAACCCGCGAUGCAGCCGAUGCCGACCAUGGACGUGAGCAGGUAUCAGCUCGACCCUCCGCCAAAGCAAAAGCAGCAGGACCCGAUGGCGUGGGAGAGGAGCGUCGGGAACGCGCAGGCGCAGCUCGAGCACCAGGCUACGCGGCUCGACAACCUCGAGCUGCUGCAGCAGCACGGCGCCAACCAAUGGCUCGCGCACCUCUCCAACCUCGAGCGAGCGAGCUCGAGGCUCGCCUCCGAGGCGGCGGGGCUGUCGCAAGAAGUGGACGGUGUCAACCGCAGCCGCAAGGAGGAGCAGGUGGAGCUGCAGCCAAAGCUGGCGCGGCUCGAGGCGGGGUGGGCCGAGUGCCUCCGCCUGGAGGCCGAGUGCGCGGCGAUGCGCAAGCAGCUCGACCCGACGGCGCAGUAG